CGUGGCUAAAUGCGGCCACAACAAACACUCUCGCGGAGUUUUUGCCACAUGCAUAAUAGCAUUAGUGUUGAACCUUGGCGCCAUGAGGGCCAAACAAAGGAUUGAGAAUCACAUACGAGCCACGCAGGGAUUAUAUAAAGCCUCAGCAGAACGAGCUGGUCUGGCUUUUUCUACACACCGGCUCAUCAACAUAAGUGCAGGCUUCCUCUCGAUUUGAUCCUCGUACGCUCAAAUGUUCGCGUCAAAAGAUCACGAGACAGAGGGAGUCAACAAGAAUGCUCAACGACGAUUCCUGAUGAACUCCAACUACUCUCGGGGCCAGCUGGAGGAUGCCACCGUCUCGUCCACGCCCAAUGGCAAAGGCGUCCACAUUCGCUGGUAUUAUGACGAGAUGGUUGAAGAUCACUCAUGGAAGAAAGGGUCGCCGGCACUGGAUGUCCUCGGGCUGCUGGAUCAUGAGGCAACGCUAACCGCCUCGGAAACAGAGGCCCUACAACUGUUGAGAGCGCGGUCUGGGGAAGAAGACGAGAACCUGCAAGCACCUUCUACACAUCUUCUGGACACCGAACCGAGGAUCUACGACAUUGAAAGCGUGCCCUUCGAUCCGGCGACGAUCACUGCAGUCCGUGACUACUUCGCGCUAGGCAUGGACGAGAUCAGCGACUACCGUCUGCUCGCCAACUUAGUAUCUAUGCACAAGGCACACGAAGCCCACACGACAUACCAGGCUGAUGCACAAGAUCCCGCGAGGGAACGGAGGAAUUUGGAGCAGCAGAGGUACAGGAUGAAGGCGCAGAAGGCAUAUGAGCAGGCGAUGUGGAAAAGAGGGGAGGAAGCGGGGGCAUUUGAUGAACUAGAGAGCAGGGAACAAGAGGAGCGUAAGCGGCAGGAGUUUGAGCAGGGAUCGUCGAAGGGUAGAGGCCGCACAAGACGAUGAUGGUCCUAGUGUAUGCGACGAAUGUGCUUUAGCCUAUGAGCAACGUUCAAGACCUGCAGCUUGAUCUGGGAAUGUUUGUAUAGGUCUUAUACGCCACGAUAAUUUGCGCUUCUUUUUGG